AUGGCUGAUUUGCAGAGGCCUAGUCUUGUGGAAAGGGACAUUGACCAGGCCAUCACAGCCCUUAAGAAAGGGGCACACUUGCUGAAGUACGGUAGGAGAGGGAAGCCGAAGUUUUGUCCAUUUCGACUUUCCACGGACGAGACCACCUUGAUAUGGUACUAUGGGAAAGAUGAGAAACAGCUUGAGCUACGUCAUGUUUCGAGGAUAAUUCCUGGGCAGAGGACUUCGGUAUUUCAGAGGUACCCCCGGCCCCAGAAAGAAUACCAAUCAUUUUCUCUGAUUUACAAUGACAGAUCCUUGGAUUUGAUAUGCAAAGACAAGGACGAAGCCGAGGUCUGGUUUGCUGGUUUGAAAGCUCUAAUCGGACGUGGCAGCUGCAGAAGGCAAAGAAACGAGUCGAGAUGCGAAAAUGCCCUGCCCGAAAGCCCACGCGGUCGGAGGAUCACCCCAUCAAAUUCAAAUCAAACCUUUCCUCAAGAUCAAGAAACUACCCAGGCCCGGCUCGAGAAAUCUCCCCAGAGCCGACUUGGGAAAGCCUUUGCAGACGUGCUUUCUUACACCGCAGCCACCAAGACUCUUCAACUAGCCGAGCCAGCAAGCAAUUUGUUUCCCUCCUCUGUGAACCCCGAAAGACCAUCUGAGGUCUCGAAUGAGCGGACCUCUGGAGCCGACACGAUUCGGGUCAGCCUCUCCAGCGCUGUGAGCACGUCGAGCCAUGGCUCUUGCGUGGAGGACUUUGACAAUCUGGGCGACGUCUUCAUGUGGGGCGAGGGUCUAGGGAACGGAGUAUUAGGCGGUGGCCUAACGAGGCUCGACCCCUUGUGCAACCCGAAAAGUGAUGCCUUGCUGCCCAAGGCACUUGAGUCGAGCGUGGUCCUUGACGUGCAGCAUGUGGCGUGUGGGAGGAGGCAUGCCGUUGUGGUCACCAGGCAGGGGGAAGUGUUCAGCUGGGGGGAGGAGGACGGGGGCCGGCUCGGUCACGGGGUGGAAUCCGAUAUUCCAAACCCAAGGCCCAUCCAGGCCCUCGGUGGGAAGCCCGUCGAGGCCGUUGCAUGCGGCGAGCGCCACACCUGCGCCGUCUCGCUCUCCGGUGAUUUGUAUAUGUGGGGCAAUGGGGGCUCUACUGAUGGGCCUGUCCACUGGCUCCCAAAGCGGGUCGCAGGCCCGAUCGAUGGCCUGCAGGUCUCUUCCGUGGCGUGUGGGCCCUGGCACACAGCCGUGGUGACGUCAGCGGGCCGGCUGUUCACGUUCGGGGACGGGACGUUCGGCGCGCUGGGGCAUGGGGACCGCUGUGGGACCUGGGUCCCGCGUGAGGUCGAGGGUCUGAAGGGGCUGAGGACGGUGAGGGCAGCGUGCGGCGUGUGGCACACAGCAGCAGUCGUGGAGUUGAGGUCAGACUCUGGGCAGCUGCCGCCACCCGGGCGGGCCCUGUCCGGGAAGCUCUUCACGUGGGGGGACGGGGACAGAGGCCAGCUUGGCCACGGGGAUUUUGAGCCGAGGCUGGUUCCAGAGAUGGUGUCCUCGUUGGCCAGCGUGGAUUUCUGUCGGGUGGCGUGUGGGAAUAGCCUCACAGUGGUUCUGACCACAUCCGGUUGGGUCUACACGAUGGGGAGCACCGGUGGGUGUCAACGUGGGAAGCUCCCGAUCUGCAUGAGAGACACCAUAGCUGAGUCGUUCAUCGAGGAGAUUGCCUGCGGGUCCCACCACGUGGCCGUACUGACCUCGAAAUCGGAGGUCUACACUUGGGGCAGAGGCUCCAACGGGCAGCUGGGACACGGUGAUAUCGAGGACCGCAAUAUUCCCACACUCGUUGAGUCCCUCAAAGACAAGCAGGUGAGGAGCGUCGCGUGCGGUUCGAAUUUCACGGCUGUAAUAUGCCUCCACAAGUGGAUAUCAACGGCCGACAAUUCUAUCUGUUCGGGCUGCCACAGCCAGUUCAAUUUCAUACGCAAACGGCACAACUGCUACAACUGCGGUCUUGUCUUCUGCAAGGCAUGCAGCUCCCACAAGUCUUUCCGGGCCUCGCUGGCGCCAAGCACGAGCAAGCCUUACCGCGUUUGCGAUGACUGCUUCGCGAAGCUGGCACUGGCAGACACGUCCAGGGUGAGGAUGGGAGAGAAAGACGGGAAGGGGAGUGAUCUGAGGUUAUCGUCGGCUGAGUCGUUCAAGUCGGACCGGAAUAUGAGCUUGAGUGUGAAGUUCGAGUCGGGGGAGAACCGCGUGUUCCCGCUGAGCGGUCAGAGGACGAGCACGUCGUCCAAGUCACCGAGCAGCCCGUUCGGGUCGUCCCAGAAUUUCCUGUCGUUUGUUCUAUCCGACUGGAAGAUGAUCUACCGGUCACCGUCCCCGGUUCCUGGGAAGACCCUGCUGAGGUCAUCCACGCCUUUGCCACUCACGUCUGAGGCAAAUGGGGAGGAGGUGAGGGAUGGCAGUGAGGGGCUGAGCUUUGAGGUCAGGAGUUUGAGGGCACAGAUCGAGUGCCUAACGAGCAAAUCCCAGCUUCUCGAAAUUGAACUCGAAACGAAAAGACAACAACUGAAGGAUAUGACGGCACGGGCAGCGGAUGAAGCUGAAAAGGCCAAAGCUGCUAAAGAAGUGAUCAAGUCUCUGACUGGCCAGUUAAAAGAGAUGUCCGAAAAAGCGCCAGACGACCAAGUUGCCUGCAGCCAUUUGGAAGCUGUCGAGCAAAUGAUAAGCGAACCGAACUAUCCAUCCCAAGGAAGUAGUGUGACUAGUGUAACCUCUCCAAAGUGCGAAUCAAGUGACGCGGCAAAUGAGCCACCGAAUGAAAAUGGUAUUAAGGCCCAAGCGCAAAAAACAAAGCGGAUUGUGCAGGACGAGCCUGGUGUGUACAUAACACUUGUCACCCUGCCCAAUGGUGCAAAUGAACUCAGACGAGUUCGUUUCAGUAGGAAACGUUUCACGGAAGAAGAGGCGGAGAAGUGGUGGGCUGAGAACGGGACGAGAGUAUGCGAACAACACAACAUCACAACUGUAGAGUAG